GUUACAUCAGCCAAUUGAAAUCUUCGAGACACUUGAAAGUCGAGAUGUGACACCGUCGUCGAGCAGUACGGUGAAUAUCUACGGCCUUCUCCCGCCGAGUUCCUCGCCGUACAUGUCCAGAAGCCUCCUGAUCAUGGCGAGCGCACACGGUCGUAGCAAGCGUCCGAGUCCAACAUACUGCAACCCACAACAAUAAAGACAACUCUCCCCUGAAACACCACCACAAAAAAUCAAGACAAACAGAAAAGAUUUUGAAAGUGGCAGGUUGCUUCAAGACACAACAAGGCUGCUAAGGCACACCGACAAGUUAUAAGACGCUGAGUUCCGUUCAUUGGGUAUUCCUUCUGACUAUGACAGACGAAAAUGGCUGCCCUCGACCGUAUGUUUAUAACCUCAGUAUGGUUUGAAAGUAUAGUUUACGGAAUCAACUGCGUGCUUUUUGGUGCAUGUAUAUAUAUCUUGGCGAAUCGGGACAGAAAGUCACAUAGGGUCCUUUUUAUGUCGUGUAUUUUCCACAUUUUAGUCUCAACAGCACACAACAUCAUCUCCCUUCUUCUGUCCUUGCAAGGAUUCACAACCUCUUCCAUAACAUCUAUCCCUAAUGGAAGCAGCAUGUACUUCGUCGCGCCAACAACAUUUAUGUUGGCCAAUUUGGCAUUGUUUGUCUCCAAUGUACUCGCUCAAGAUUUGCUGCUAAUCUGGAGGCUUUACGUUGUUUGGAACCACAGCUGGAAGCUUGUCAUUCCCUCGUUGAUUUUGGAAGUUGCACAUAUCGCUUGUGCUAUUAUAGCCGUGUUUCUGAUAGCUCAGCCUAACGAGCACCUCUUCUCAUAUAGUGUUCAAGCUUUUGGUAAAGCCAGUUGGUCGCUGGGUCUUUUUCUCAACACCUGUGUCACAUUCGGAAUCGCGUAUCGUCUUUGGCUUGCGGGGCGAGAAGUAUCUGAUUUAACUGGCCGCAAUGCCUACAAGGCUGCCAUGUUUACCGUCAUCGAGUCCGGUGCACUUAUAGCCAGCUGCACUUUGAUAAUGUUCAUUCUGGAUAUAACUGGCAGCCCGUCUGGUUUCAUGGCAUUCAAUGUUACUGUUCAAAUUGCUACCACGACGCCUCUUCUUAUCAUCACCCGUCUCGGCCUUGGCCUGACUAGCAUAGGCACACAUUUCGACAAAUCGUCGAGCCCUACAGUGACCUUUGCACCAGUCCAGAUCGAUGUCACCGAGGAUACCUGUACCUACCCUAUGGCUCCCAUAUCACCAUUUGCUACUCGGAAGACUGGGAGUAUGCAGUCAUUCUACCGUGAAGUAUAGCAACAACAAAUGGUUCUUAAUUAUACUCUUGUCAUCUACGAUAUUAGACGAACUGCCGUAGUAUAUUGCGUGCAUUGUCUACAGUAUAUUGGACAUUACCCCAAACCGUUAAUAAGCUAAGUAACAACAACCUAGUACUAACAACUCACAUCGUUGCAUCGUGAUUGUAAUUUAUCUGGUUUCUCAAGGGGACUCAGACUUUUUUGGA